GCAAGCGGUUAUCAUCACAGCUUAGGAUGACUAGAGGUCAACGAGAUGACAUUGCCCUAUUGUCCACCUGGGUCUAGACUUUGAUCCUUAUCGAAAGAGGAGUGUCUACACUGAUGGGGCUCUAUGCUGGUCGAUGUGGGCUGAGAUGUCAUCCUGAUCCUUCGAGAAAGCUCCAGACUUCAUAGUUCAGCGACUUUUAAUUACACACUUUUGAGACUGUAGAAGAAAUUGAUGGCAGAACUUUGCUUUCAGGCUCCCUCUGUCUUAAGACCUGGUGGAGUUAAGUAGAUUUUAUGCUUUAUCUUGACCCUCUUUUGUCUUGGCCAGUGCUUAUCUAUAGAGGUAGAUCGCUUUCCACUUGCUGUAUCCCAUUCAGCAUCUUCUUGAAACACUUGGAGCUUCCUACCGUUCAGCUUUGUGAACUUCUGAAGGAUCUAUAUGUUCCAGGACAUAAUGAGGUGUUGGAUAUGGCUCCUGGUAGCCACUGUACUGUGCCAGCAGCUUACAAUUUUCCAGGUGCUGGCAGCCAGAAAAGAGCGCAAAAAGGGAAAAGACCCACAUCAGUUCAUUGAUCCUUUAAAUCUUACGCUGUCCAACAGUGAGGAAUCAUAUGAUCCUGACAAGCUGCCUGAGUCUCCAGGUCCUGAAAAACCAGAUCCUGCAACAACAUGGGUCGAGUUUAGAGACCGAAUUGAUAAUGGGACGCCUAUUAAGAAGAAAUGUAAAUGUAACAAGAAUUCUGUAAGAAGACUUUCUGGGCCACCUGGCCCCCCAGGACCACAAGGUCCCCCUGGACCUCCAGGAAUGCCAGGGGCUGAGGUCACCCAUGAAGUGUUGCUGCAAGAGUUUAAACAGAUGCUCCGAGAGGCCACAGAUCGUCGGACAGUGUCUGGUGAUGCUUCAGAACACACCAGUGAGCCUCCACCUUUACUGCUCCCUAUCAAGGAUCUCUAUCCAUACAGAAGGAUAGAUGAAGCAUUCCACUGUCGGCUUAAAGGGUCUGUCAUUGUGGACAAGAGAACAUUGGCAGAACUUCAGAACUUUCAGAUGCCAGCAGCUAAAGGCGCCUUUCUUCGGGGUUCUGGAAUGAAUCUGCCACUGGGUCGUUUCACAGCUACCAUUCCAGGGAUUUACCAGUUUUCAGCCCAUAUUCACAUAGAUCACAGUGAAGUGAAGAGUAAGGGACAACUGCGCCCACGUGACAGCGUUCGGGUAUUGAUAUGCAUUGAGUCCCUGUGUCAUGGAUUUACGUCUCUGGAAGUAAUUGCUGGAUUGGAAAGUAACAGUAAAAUAUUUACUGUACAUGUCCAAGGAUUGCUACAGUUACAGAGUGGCCAGUACACAUCAAUAUUUGUCGACAAUGGUGCAGGGGCACCCAUCACCGUCCAAAACGGAUCUGAUUUUAUGGGCAUCUUUAUGGGACUGUAGACAAAACAGUUGGAGGAACCUAGACUGAAGCAAUAUCAAGCUUACACAUUCACUUACCUGCAAUGGAAGAAGCUUUCACCAUAUACGUUACCUAGGACCUUCUCCUGCGUAACUGCUUGGCACUCGCAGGACGAGGAGGAAAUUCAUGUAGGCCCAAUGCCUGUUGCUGCUGCCGCUGAGUCUUGCAAUGCCAUGAAAGUCUGCAACUGCUUUCAAUGGCUCUCUAAUGCAUACCAUUGCAGGCCCCAUUAACAGUGAAUGGGUCAGUAUUUACAUGUCGGACUCUAUAAAUAAAAUUGUAAUAUUUAGAGGAUCCUGUCCUGCUCGUUGUCUGUUGUACAAUGUGUGUCAUUGAGGAAAGAGAACUUCCGAAAGGUUGACAAUUCGUUUUCCAGCAGUACAUCAUCGGCCCCAUUGUACAUGGACUCUGCCGAAAUGAAGCAUGGGACUUUGAGAACACUUUGAUCGCCAAAUUAAAAUGGAGCAAGAGUGAACCCUGUUCUGCUGUGAUGUCAUGGUGUCCAUGAUGUCACAAGGUGCACGCAAGAAAUCUACAUUACAUGUUCGUUUUUGAUUUUAUAAGCAUUGAUCUUUGUAUUGAUUUUUAUCUUAUAAAGUAUUGCAUAAGAUGGCUGUA